GUGCUUUUAUAUGCAGGCGCAGCCCCUUUUGGGGGGGCUUUAUCCUUCCCGUGUUGUGUUUCGGCCUCACGGCUGCCUCUGCCCGACCUGUUCUUGCGGAGGCGGCCGUGGAUCCUCCUGUUAAUACCCCGGGAGUGGGGCAGAAACACCCCAGAGAAAUCCGGGGUGACCCGUGGGGUGCCUCAGGCAGCCUUGACCCCAAAACCCCUCCUUUCCCUGACUCCUCUGAGAAUCAGGCAAAGACGUGAGCCUGUAGCUGCUCGGAGAGCGCGUUUCAGCAUCUCCAUCUGUCAUGGAAGAUGCUUUUUAUUUAUGGCUCUUCCCGCCAGGAUUUUCGGCAGGUGCUGUUUUUCCUCACUGGUUGUUUUGACCCUGGAGUACACAUGAGCACGUGGGCUGUGCGUCUGCGAGGUUCGCCAGACCCGGGGAGCUUGUUGUUCCCGGUGUUUUUAUUUGAGUCAGGAAAACAGCUGACAAACAGUUGGUGAAACGAGUCGGGCAGGUCUUGGCCCAGGCUGGUAGAGGAGGAGGCUGUUUCUGUUGGGUGCCAGUGUCCGAGUCCCUCUCGGUGUAUGUGUGGUAACAACAUGUCUGUCCCCCUCCUUGCUGACGCAGUGACUGUCUCAGGGGCAGAGCGGGAGACUGCCGCGGUCAUUUUUUUACAUGGCCUUGGAGACACGGGGCACAGCUGGGCUGAUGCUCUCUCCUCCAUCCGCCUCCCCUACGUGAAAUAUAUUUGCCCUCACGCGCCCCGGAUCCCAGUGACCCUCAACAUGAAGAUGGUUAUGCCCUCCUGGUUUGAUCUGAUGGGCUUGACUCCGGAUGCACCUGAGGAUGAAGCUGGGAUCAAGAAAGCUGCAGAAAACAUUAAAGCAAUUAUCGAGCAUGAGAUGAAGAACGGGAUCCCACCCAAUCGCAUCAUCCUGGGGGGCUUCUCACAGGGCGGCGCCUUGUCGCUGUACACAGCUCUCACCUGCCAGCACCAGCUGGCUGGCAUCGUGGCGCUCAGCUGCUGGCUCCCGCUGCACAAGGCCUUCCCGCAGGCGGCAAAUAACGGCGUGAACAAGGACAUCGCCAUCCUGCAGUGCCAUGGGGAGAUGGACCCCAUGAUCCCCGUCCGCUUUGGGGCCCUCACUGCUGAGAAGCUGAAAUCUGUUGUCACCCCUGCCAAGGUCCAGUUCAAAACCUACCCCGGCGUGAUGCACAGUUCCUGUCCUCAGGAGAUGAUGGCGGUGAAGGAGUUCAUUGAGAAGCUGCUGCCCCGGAUCUAAGCGGAGCCAAUCGAAACUGUCACAGGGAAGGACGCUGAGGUCACAGCCGCUGAUCUUUCCCCCGUGACCCGUCCACUGCAAACAGAAGCCAUGGCACCCCACCGCACCUCCCACCGCACCCCUGGCCCCCGCCUCUCCCCAUCUCCUCGCACCGCGUCCUCUCCGGCUGGGGGUGCCCUGUCUGUCCCUGCUGCUUUUGGAGCCGAGAUUGGAGCUAAGGCGAGUCUUCGAGUGGCCUUUUCUCUCCUCCUCUUGCUCCAGGCAGUUUCUGUGGGAGUCACCAUUCCCUCGACUCCCCGUUCAGGCACUGCGGUGUGUGGGUCUGGCAUGGCACGGGCGAGGUUUGUUUUGGUUUUCUUUUUUUCUGUUGGGUUUGGGGUUUUUUUGGUAACAGUAUUAGGGGUGGAUGUGCCCCCCCGUGCAGUGGGAGGAGCUGUGUGGGCGCAGGGCAGGGGCACCCUCCGGAGCCCUCGGUGGCUCAGAGCAGCCCGUGCUCCUCCUCUGCCCUCGGCCCGCUCUCUCCGCGGCUGCGCUCAGCCUCUGCUCAGGCGACUCACGGGUUUUCAGUCAGAGCUCAGGAACCCGGGACUCUCCUGUCAACGCCUCAAGCCCCAGGGAGAGGCUCUGCUCUGGGCCGGUACCGCCAAAGGCUGCCCCGGGGCCGGCAGAAAGGCAUCCGCGCCGCUCCUGCACCUCUUUGCACGGGGCCCCGGCCCCGGCCCCUGCCCUGUCGCACACGCACACUCCCUGGCGGGCUCGCCCCGCGCUCCAGCAGCCUCAGCCAUGGGUUUGUGGCAGCUCUGCCCUCCUUGAGAUAAUCGCCUCCUUCCUCUUACUCCUUCUCUUGUUGCUUUUACAAUCUCCUCCUCAGCCCGGCGGGGGCGGUCCCAGAGGCAUCUCUCCCUCCCUCGGCCCAGCUCUGUGCCGUUUACAGCCGGCAGCCAAGUGGCUUUGCCACAGAGCCUGCCCGGUGCUGGCCCGGUCCUUAACGUCUCGCUCUCUCUCUCUCUUGCUGCUACUUCUCCUUCCCUUUGGACUCGGGCUGGCUCUGGGAGGGAGAGGUGAGGAGAGGAGAGGCCCCCCCCCCCCCCCCCCCGCCCCCAGGGAUGGCUCCUGGCGCAGCUGGAGGAAGCAGCUCUGCUCCCAGCCGUCAUCUCACCAGCAUCUAAGGCCUGGGUGCUGCUGCACCCCAUCCCACAGGGCGGGGGGGGUAGGGGUGGGGGGGUGGGGGGGUAUCUCCAUGCUCCCCAAGACGAGGGCUGUGGGCUUUGUUGGCCUUUCCGUGUACAAUCACUUGUUUCCCCGGGGCCCUCCCCCAGCUGGCUGGAGGCUGCAGCCACGGCUUGUCCUCUCUGAAGCAUUGGCCAGGACUGUCCCCACCAGCAGAGCAGCUCCCAAAUGUCUCUUUCGGGGGAGUGGGGGGUGGGGGGGGGUGGGCUCCUGGCUGGUCCCUCCUCUCCCCCAGGGCCGAGGGCACUUGCUGUUGAGCAGCGUUGCCUUUCUCCUUGCCUCUCUUCCAUGGGCUGAGCCCACAGCACUGUUGGGCCCUUCCGGGCUGGAGCUGUAUGUGUCUUUUAAAAAAAAAAAAAAAAAAAAAAAAAAACACCAAAAAAAAAAAAACACCACAAAAAAAAAAAACCC